AUGGCGGACAAAGAGAAACGCCGGUCAGGAGUCGCUGCUCCCGAGAUGCCCGAGAUGCCCGAGGGCAAGGCCACCAAAUCGGACAGCGACCGGGAGUUUCUGUCGCAGGCGGGAGUAGGAGAGCUGCUCCGCGGCGCCAUCCUCAAGAUGGUCGAGGCCAGGUCGGACGAUCCUAUCGGGUUUCUUGCCGACCACUUCUGCCACCUGGCCUCCAUGUCGGACAGAGGCGCCGGCACAGCUGGAUGCGGCGACGGGGAUCAGCUGAGCAACGGCCCGCCGAGCGCAGGCGCCCGAGAGCAGCAGCAUCUCAACCGGGCGCUAUGGCACCUGCGCCUGGCGCAUCACUCCCAGAGAUCUGCCUUCAGCAACAAUGUCCGUGUGGCCUACGACCUCCUGAACCUCACAGGGCCCGGCAAACAUCCAGGUGAGACUCCUGAGGGCCAGGAAGGCUCCUGCACCGAGAGCCCCACAGGAGGAGGAGGAGGUGGUGAAGGUGAGGGAGGAGGAGUGAGAGGUAGCCUCUACACACAGACUCUGCAGUGUCUGUGCAGUGAGGGUGGAGUCCCUGCCUCCACCUCCGCUCCGCUCCUCCGGCGGCUCCACUGCCACGACCAUGAGGCCGUCCCUUACGAUGUCUUCCGCCACGGCGUGCUCACGUGUGCCGUUUUCUCAGACUACAUCCGACAGGCUCAGAGGCUUUACGCCGAGGUCUGCUGCCCAGACGAAGGGCCUGCCUCGCGGGCACUGUGUCUGGCUGUGCUGGGGACCCUGAAGGAAGCACUGGAGACUUCCCAGGGCUGUGAUGCCACCUGCUGCGUUAAUGCGAACACUAAAGCAAAUGUCUGUCUGGAGGCGAAUGUGAAGGCUAUCCGCUACCUGAAGGCCAGCGCCAAGAUCUCUCCCCACAAGUUAGCUGCGGCCAUGUCUGGGGCACAGGCGCGGGGUCCAGGUGGCAACAUGGACGCCAAAGAGUUUGAGAAUGCAGCAGCAGAUUUGUUCAUCACUCGAGUUAAAGUAGUGUCCUAGGUGUCUCCUCUGCUUUCUAAUAAAUUAUAAAAUUUACAGCAAUCUUACAGAGUAGAUGAUGAUCCUCCGUCUGCUGCAGAUGAUCACACACUGAUGUAACUAACACUAAACCCAAUCCAUUCAUCCAUCCAUCCAUCAUCUACUGCUUUAUCCUCCACUUGAGGGUCAUGGGGGGGCGCUGGUACCAAUCCCAGCUGACAUAGGGCGAACUCAAGAUAAAUCCUACUCUUCAAACUCUGUUCUUAAACAUAGGAAUGUCACUGGCGUCUUCUUUAUCUGAACAGACCGACAGCCGCUCUGAUGUGUGAAGGACAUGGAGUUCCUCAGACAGACUAAACACAGCCGUUGACAUAAGUAUUUGUCCUCCCGUUCUUGUUCUGUGUCUUUUCCAUCAAAUGUUCACUUAGACACUGCACUGAGCGUCAUCUGCUCCAAUCCAGUGGAUCCUCCCUAUAAUAAAUGUUUUUCUAUAAACA